UGUAAAGCAAAAUGUCAGCGCACUUCUAUUCACGUGUAGAAUCUAGUUAAUGUGCUUAUUGAUACAUUUAGAAUAUAACAAUGAAAAGAAACACGUAAUUAUGAACUUGGAUUUAUUGUCAUCAAUUAAAAUAAAAAUGACAUGUUUGUAUCGUCCUUGGGAAGGCAGCUGUCACUGGCCGUGAACUGUUGCAUAAGCCUGUGGGCCAAUUUAGUCGGCGAGGCGAGGCUCUUAACUGUCACGGAGCCACGGUCAUAGUGUCAGAAACUGUGCUAACGGGACGGACUCAGAAAUACCCAUCUGUGCAGACACAUUCACGGCGAUCGCAUGCGCCACACACAACAUACCACGCAAUAUGAACUCUAUAAGAAUACUUGGAGGGAUAACUUUGCGGCAAUCAUCUUUGUGGAAGGUUGUCGUACAGUACCGGACAGUGAAAACUUCCCCUAUAUGGCGUCAGAAGGUCCCAAAAGUACCAAACAGUUCAAAAACUGCCGUCCCCAAGAUUUCAGAUGUAAAGCGACUUAUUGGCUUGGCCAAACCUGAAAGAUUGAAAUUAGCAGGGGCACUAGGGCUGCUGGUGGUGUCGAGUGGAGUGACCAUGGCGGUGCCGUUCUGUAUCGGGAAGGUGAUCGACAUCAUCUACACUGCAUCGCAGGAGGGGAAGAUGGAGGAGAAACUCAACUCACUUUGCCAGAUACUACUUGUGGUGUUUCUCCUCGGAGGAGUCGCAAACUUCGGACGGGUGUAUCUGAUGACAGUCGCAGGUCAAAACAUUGUGAAGAGACUUCGAGAAAAAUUAUUUAAUUCGGUUAUGAAGCAAGAAAUUGGAUUCUUUGACAAAACUAAAACAGGAGAGUUGAUAAAUCGUUUGUCAGCCGAUGCGUCACUUGUGGGACAGUCAGUGACAAACAACAUAUCAGAUGGACUGAGGUCGAUAGCGCAGGCUGUAGGCGGGGUGGGGAUGAUGGUGUAUGUCUCCGCCAAGCUUACAGCCAUCUCCCUGGGCAUUGUGCCGCCUGUAGCCCUUGUGUCUAUCAUAUAUGGCCGCUAUGUGCGGAACAUCACCAAGCAAGUACAGACCUCCCUCGCUGAUGCUACUCAGCUGGCUGAGGAGAAGGUGGGCAAUAUCCGCACAGUGCGAGCCUUCGCGCAAGAGGAGAAGGAAUGUGCAGCAUAUGACCAGAAGAUCAGCCAUGUCCUGAAGCUCUCGUACAAGGAGGCACUGGCUCGCGGAAUCUUCUGGGGAUUUACGGGGAUGUCAGGUAAUGUCAUCGUGCUGUCAGUCUUCUACUACGGGGGACUGAUGAUGACCGAGUCACAGAUGACUGUAGGGGAGCUGUCGGCCUUCCUCCUGUAUGCAGCCUACGUGGGAGUGUCCAUGGGAGGGUUGACGACUUUCUACACAGAGUUGAUGCGUGGCCUGGGGGCAAGUUCCCGGCUCUGGCAGCUGGUGGACAGAGAGCCCAGGAUUCCUGUGGCAGCUGGUCUGUCACCAUCCAUGUCACCCCAGGGCAACAUUAACUUCAACAAUAUCAAUUUCCAUUAUCCAUCCCGUCCUGAGACAACCAUCUUCUCCGACCUGAGCCUGAAUGUCCCGUCUGGGUCUGUGACAGCUGUAGUUGGUCCUAGUGGGUCGGGGAAGUCCACACUCGGUUCUCUGCUCCUCCGCAUGUACGAUCCCACGCAAGGUAAGUACACUCCCCACUUGUACGAUCCCACACAAGGUAAGUACACUCCCCACUUGUACGAUCCCACACAAGGUAAGUACACUCCCCACUUGUACGAUCCAACACAAAGUAGGUACACUCCCCGCAUGUACGAUCCCACGCAAAGUAGGUACACUCCCCGCAUGUACGAUCCCACGCAAAGUAGGUACACUCCCCACUUGUACGAUCCCACGCAAGGUAAGUACGCUCCCCGCUUGUACGAUCCCACGCAAGGUAAGUACACUCCCCACUUGUACGAUCCCACGCAAGGUAAGUACUCUCCCCUCUUGUACGAUCCCACGCAAGGUAAGUACUCUCCCCUCUUGUACGAUCCCACGCAAGGUAAGUACAUCCCUCACUUGUACGAUCCCACACAAGGUAAGUACACUUCCCGCAUGUACGAUCCCACGCAAGGUAAGUACUCUCCCCUCUUGUACGAUCCCACGCAAGGUAAGUACAUCCCCCACUUGUACGAUCCCACACAAGGUAAGUACACUUCCCGCAUGUACGAUCCCACGCAAGGUAAGUACUCUCCCCUCUUGUACGAUCCCACGCAAGGUAAGUACUCUCCCCUCUUGUACGAUCCCACGCAAGGUAAGUACAUCCCUCACUUGUACGAUCCCACGCAAGGUAAGUACACUGCUUGUACGAUCCUACGCAAGGUAGGUACACUCCCGGCUUGUACAAUCCCACACAAGGUAAGUACACUUCCCGCUUGUACGAUCCCACGCAAGGUAAGUACACUCCCUGAUUGUAUGAUCCAAUGCAAGGCAAGUACACACAUACACAUGUAGGAUCCAAGGCAAGAUAGGUAUAUGCAGGUACUCUACCACACAAGGUAAACA